AUGAACGAAGAAACCUUAUCCGAGGAAAUCAACUACGAAGAACAAUAUAAGGUUUUGACAGAGGAAUGUAAGAAAUUGAAGAUUGAUAUAUCAAGUUUACAGUUAAGCAACCGAAGCCUUGUCAAUCAAAACAGAGAUGAAAAAAAGAAAGUCAUGGAUUGCCGCCUUCAGAUUGCUGAUUUGGAAGGCCGGCUGAAGUCAUUUGAUGCCACGAAACAAGAUCUAGCUGAUUGUCAAGCGCAAAUCGAGCGUAUGCGUAUGACUCUAGAAAGUAAUGAAGCCAAGCUGGCUGACGCUGAACGACGUGCUGAUGAGUCAUCCGGAUUAAUAAAGAGCGGAUUGGCGGCCGCUAAUGAAUACUUCAAGGCUGAACAAGCAAAAGCUGAAGAACGUAUAGCAAGACUAAAGGAAAGUAAAGCCGAAUUAGAAAAGCUCAUUGAAAGUCUCGAAAAUGACAAAAAAGAGAUGCAGAAACAGAUGGAAAAACACCUUGAAGAACAUGAACAAUUGAAAGAUAAAUGCUCAACGAUGGAGGCACGCAUCAAAGAAAUGGCGCAUGCUGAACGUCGUUACACAGGUGGAAUGAUGGGUUCUCGCCUCAUAGGACCUACUUUACCUCCGUGGAUCACUGAUGAAAAGAAGAUCGAAAACGAUAUCGAGCGGCUCUCCAAGGCGGACCCAGCAACAUUGCGAGCAAAAGUGAUGGAAUUGGAAAGUCAGCUCAGUGAAUUGAAUCAGCUCCUGACCUACCGGGAAGAUGUUAUUCUGCGGAUACACGAGGAAAUUUCCAAGAAAGCCUCGAAACUAGAAGCAGCGGAGGUGGAGAGGUCUAGUUUAAACGCUCAGGUCAGUAUAUUGAAGCGCGAACUGAGCACCGCACGUGAAGACCUGGCACGCCGCGGCGCAGGUCCCAUGGAACUAGAGGCGGAGAUAGAUCGUUUGCGUGGUAAGCGCGACAGGGAGUACCAGCGUCGCAAACGAAUCGAGGCAGAGCUCGAUGAACUCGAGAAAGAAAAUCAGGAAUUGAAGCAGCGUUGUAAGCGACUGGAGGAGGCUGCUGCUAAUAUUCCUGCCCCAAAACCCGUGGUUCCUCAAAGUGAUCCGGUCGAUCGAAAUAGAAUAAUUGAACUCCAAGGAACCGUUAAUCAGUUGCGAAUGGAUAAUGAAGCUAAGCGAUCGGAGUUAUUUGAUCUUCGAUCACGGUUUGAUGCGAAAUCCGCCCAAAUGGACAAAAUCGCUACCGAGCUUAAAGUAAAGGAAAAAUCUACUGGAGAAUUGACAGCACAACUCAACAGUAUCCGCGCGCAGUUAGAGUCGACAACCAAAGAUCUGGAAAGCGUUCGCUGUCGAGCUGUUCGUGGAGGGGCUGAGGUUGAACGAUGGCAUUCAGAUCUGACCAGUCUUCAAGUCACCAANCACCAACAAGUUUUUGUCCUCACAAUUGAACGAGAUGCGCACCAAGCUCCUCGCGAAAGAACGUCUUGUUGCGGAACUAGUCAAGCGUUGCCCUCCUUGAAUUUCGGGGAUUUUAAGCGCAAUUCCUCUUUUGUUACAGACGAUAUCGUUGUAAACGGAUUACCAUCAAAUGACCUGUGUUCGCGUUGCGGCAGCCAGCUUGGGUCUGCGGAUGUCGGCUCUGAAAAGACCGUGGAUGAUGCAAAUAAAGUGUCUGAGCUGGAGAACAAACUGACUGACAGUGAGCAAAGAUAUGCGAAAUUGUUGCGCGAAUCUAUUGAGGCCCGCGAAUUAGCAGAAGAACAUAAAAGUCAACUGGAAUGCAAAUUGACCAGUGUGACAGAACGUGCUGCUCAAUUGUCUGACGAUGUUAUGCGCGAAAGACGAGUGGUGGAGACGGCCAAUGCUAGGGUCCAGCACUUGACAUCUCAGGUGAACGAAUUGGAGACUUCUCUAUCUUCUACCAGAACUCAGCUGAUCGAAGCAAAAUCUGAUCAGCGCAAGGCCGAUAUGGAUGCUCUACCUCCAGCCAGCUCCCCGCCUGCAAAACGAACUCGACGUAGUGCGGGUGGUGCUGCCAAAAACAACACCGCUAAUCACCAGGAAUGCAAUUCGUGUGCAGAGCUUCGUAAGCAGCUGCAGGAUCUGGAGAAGUGUAUCAACUGUUCCAAUUCCCGUGAAAAUGCUUUGACAGAUGAAAUCAACUCUCUUCGGCAGGAGAUAGCAAACGCGGGCGUGGAAUCCACACAGUUACGUACGCAGCUCGCAUCUGUUCGCGAAGAAUUGAUGAAAAGAAGUUUAUGA